AUGGAUGAAAAGCCAUACUAUACCAGCAAGUCCAUCAGCCAUACUAUACCAGCAAGUCGACCAGCCAGUCGACCAGCCAUAUUAUACCAGCAAGUCGACCAGCCAUACUAUACCAGCAAGUCCACCAGCCAUAUUAUACCAGCAAGUCGACCAGCCAUAUUAUACCAGCAAGUCCACCAGCCAUAUUAUACCAGCAAGUCGACCAGCCAUAUUAUACCAGCAAGUCGACCAGCCAUACUAUACCAGCAAGUCGACCAGCCAUAUUAUACCAGCAAGUCGACCAGCCAUAUUAUACCAGCAAGUCCACCAGCCAUACCAGCAAGUCCCAGCCAUAUUAUAGCCAUAUUAUACCAGCAAGUCGACCAGCCAUAUUAUACCAGCAAGUUGACCAGCCAUACUAUACCAGCAAGUCGCAAGUCUUACUAUACCAGCAAGUCCACCAGCCAUAUUAUACCAGCAAGUCCACCAGCCAUAUUAUAUCCAUAUUAUACCAGCAAGUCGACCAGCCAUAUUAUACCAGCAAGUCAACCAGCCAUAUACCAGCAAGUCCACCAGCCAUACUAUACCAGCCAGUACUAUACCAGCAUAUACCAGCAAGUCCACCAGCCAUACUAUACCAGCAAGUCCACCAGCCAUAUUAUACCAGCAAGUCCACCAGCCAUAUUAUACCAGCAAGUCGACCAGCCAUAUUAUACCAGCAAGUCCACCAGCCAUAUUAUACCAGCAAGUCCACCAGCCAUACUAUACCAGCAAGUCGACCAGCCAUAUAUACCAGCAAGUCCACCAGCCAUACUAUACCAGCAAGUCCACCAGCCAUACUAUACCAGCAAGCCAUACUAUACCAGCAAGCCACCAGCCAUACUAUACCAGCAAGUCCACCAGCCAUACUAUACCAGCAAAAGCCAUACUAUACCACCAGCCAUAUUAUACCAGCAAGUCCACCAGCCACCAGCCAUACUAUACCAGCAAGUCUCACCAGCCAUACUAUACCAGCAAGUCCACCAGCCAUAUUAUACCAGCAAGUCGACCAGCCAUACUAUACCAGCAAGUCGACCAGCCAUAUUAUACCAGCAAGUCCACCAGCCAUAUUAUACCAGCAAGUCCACCAGCCAUACUAUACCAGCAAGUCCACCAGCCAUACUAUACCAGCCAUAUUAUACCAGCAAGUCCAUACCAGCAAGUCCACCAGCCAUUAUACUAUACCAUACUAUACCAGCAAGUCGACCAGCCAUACUAUACCAGCAAGUCGACCAGCCAUAUUAUACCAGCAAGUCCACCAGCCAUAUUAUACCAGCAAGUCCACCAGCCAUACUAUACCAGCAAGUCGACCAGCCAUAUUAUACCAGCAAGUCCCAGCCAUAUUAUACAGUCCACCAUUAUACCAGCAAGUCGACCAGCCAUAUUAUACCAGCAAGUCGACCAGCCAUACUAUACCAGCAAGUCCAACCAGCCAUAUUAUACAGCAAGUCCAUAUUAUACCAGCAAGUCGACCAGCCAUAUUAUACCAGCAAGUCCAAGUCAUAUUAUACCAGCAAGUCAUCAUAUACCAGCAUACCAGCAAGUCGACCAGCCAUACUAUACCAGCAAGUCCACCAGCAAGUCCACCAGCCAUAUUAUACCAGCAAGUCCACCAGCCAUAUAUAUACCAGCAAGUCCACCAGCCAUAUUAUACCAGCAAGUCCACCAGCCAUAUUAUACCAGCAAGUCCACCAGCCAUAUUAUACCAGCAAGUCCACCAGCCAUAUUAUACCAGCAAGUCCACCAGCCAUACUAUACCAGCAAGUCCACCAGCCAUACUAUACCAGCAAGUCCACCAGCCAUAUUAUACCAGCAAGUCGACCAGCCAUAUUAUACCAGCAAGUCGACCAGCCACACAAUACCAGCAAGUCGACCAGCCAUACUACACCAGCAAGUCCACCAACCAUACUAUACCAGCAAGUCGACCAGCCACACAAUACCAGCAAGUCGACCAGCCACACAAUACCAGCAAGUAGACCAGCCAUAUUAUACCAGCAAGUCGACCAGCCAUAUUAUACCAGCAAGUCGACCAGCCAUAUUAUACCAGCAAGUCGACCAGCAAGUCGACCAGCCAUAUUAUACCAGCAAGUCGACCAGCCAUACUAUACCAGCAAGUCGUUGACAGCAGUAAUGCCUAAUGCUGUCAGUGUACAAUGGCUACCGAGCCUGACCAAAUGA